AUGUCUCUACCCCCCGGUCGAUACCUCGCUCGUUUCAUAGGCAAGGACAACCCAGAUUCUAUCGGGGGCAUGUAUGCUACCGGUAAAGGACUUGGUCAACCGAUCGAGCUUGAUCCCAACAGGCCUGAGUUUCAUGGGCAGCAAGAAUGGGAGUUUGAACCCGCUUCCGAGGAAGGGCGUGACGUGUAUACAAUCAAUUCCAGACCUGGUGAAUCCUGGAGUUACAGAUCCGAUAGUCCUGUGCCUGGAGAGACCAUCAUCUUGGACCGUCCCAAACCAUUCAGAGUGCAACACUCAGAGAGAAGUCAAGGGGGACAUAUGUUCACCAUUGCCCCAACCGAACAGCGUGUUGGAGCCACCCUCUAUGUGGGAGCUGGAGAACAUCAGAGAGAGUUGACGCUUGUUCCUAUCCCUGUGGUCCCCGAUGCUCCUCCUGCUCCCCUUUGGGAGCUCAUGCGGUUGGAAGAGUAA